AUGGAGCAGCGUGUGGCAGACUACUUUGUGGUGGCAGGCCUCACAGACCCUCACACCCCCCUGGAGGAGCCUCACCCCCGUCCCCCACCUCCCCUCCCCCCUAUCACAGACGUGUCUGUGGUCCUGCGCUCUCAGGGAGAGGAGCUUCCACCUGGAUUCACUUGUGUGGAGAGCACGCCCAGCGGUCUGACUGCAGACCUCAACAGUGGAGGCCUCAUGGCUCCUCAGGUGUUUGUGUGCUACAGGCGAGGCCGAGACAAACCCCCGCUCACAGACCUGGGAGUGGUGUACGAUGGGAAAGAGCGCGUGAGACCCGGGUGUUCUCUGGUGCAGACGUCUGCGGGAGGACGCGUCGCCAGCAUCAGCGGAAACACACCACAGAGAAUCUUCAUCUCCUACAGACGUGCUGCUCCAGGAGAACCGCAGGGGCCCGUCCUGACCGACAUCUGCAUCAUCCAGCCGGCCAAAGGAGAGAGGCCUCCACACACCUACUGCAGGGUGGACCGCAACCUCAACUCCACCAUGUGGGGCACUCCUGUGUAUCUGUGCUAUAAGAAAUCUGUGUUCAAACCUAACACAAUGGUGUACAAAGCAGGUCUGUUCAGUCGUUACCCUGUGCAGGACCACUCUUCCUUCUCUCUCCCAGAGUCUGUCCCUCUGUUCUGUUUGCCCAUGGGUGUGUCUCUGGAGCUGUGGCCCUGUGGCACUCACCCCUCCCUCCCUGUCUUCUCCACGUUUGUCCUGACGGGUUCCUCUGGGGAGAAGGUUUACGGAGCAGCGAUCCAGUUCCAUGAGCCGUUUCCUCCAGAGUGUCUGAGCGAGCAGCAGCGCCUGAAGCUUGGCCUUCCCUCACUGAGCCGUAGUGCAGCCUCUGGUCCUGGGGGAGGCGCCGUGGAGGCCGCUGUGGACCGAUCACACAGCGUGGUCCACACAACGAAGAGCAUCUGUCUGCUCUCCCACUGGCCUUUCUUUCAAGCCUUCAGGAAGUUCCUCACCUUUCUCUACAGAUACUCCAUCUCCGGUCCACACGCCCUGCCCAUCGAGAAACACAUUGGUCAUUUCAUGCACAAAGUCCCGUUCCCUUCCCCUCAGAGGCCUCGCAUCCUGGUGCAGCUGUCUCCUCACGACAGCCUGAUCCUGAGUCAGCCCGUGUCCUCGCCACUUCCCCUCAGCGGUGGCAGUGCGGCCGCUCUGCUGCUGAACUUGGCUCCGGAGAAUGCGCUGACUGUGCUGCUUUUGGCCCUGACGGAACACAAGAUCCUGAUCCACUCCCUCAGACCGUCUGUGCUGACCAGCGUCACCGAGGCCCUAGUCUCUAUGAUCUUCCCGUUCCACUGGGCCUGUCCCUAUGUGCCGCUGUGCCCCCUGGCUCUGGCUGAUGUCUUGAGCGCCCCCUGUCCCUUCAUUGUGGGAGUGGACUCACGUUAUUUCGACCUGCACCUGCCUCCUACCGAUGUGAGCUGUGUGGACCUGGACAACAACGCCAUCUACCACUGUGAGGAGAAGAAGGCACUGUCCUGGAAGAUCCUUCCAAAGAAAGCCUGUAAAAACCUGCUCCACUCACUGAAAUCUCUGCAUCGACAGCUCCUGGAAGGACACCCACUACCGGGCGAUGGGCUGUUGGAGCUGGCCCUCAGUGACUCGUGGGACCUGAGCAGUGGCAGAAGUCGUGCGUCUCUGGAGAUGGACAUCCAGGAGGCCUUCCUUACUUUCAUGGCGGCAAUUUUGAAAGGCUACCGCUCUUUCCUGCGGCCCAUCACCCAGGCGCCGUCUGAGAAGGCCACUGAUGCGAGCUCGCUGUUCGACCUGCACGGUUUCCUCCGGAGCCGCGAUCGUGCACAUCAGAAGUUUUACACUCUGCUCACGCGCACGCAGAUGUUCAGCCGCUUCAUCGAGGAGUGCUCCUUCGUCAGUGACAAAGACGCAGGACUGGCCUUUUUCGAUGACUGUGUAGAAAAGGUGGACUCUGUGGAUUGUGUGCUGAUGGAGGAGGAGCACCAGAGCAGUGAGCACACAGUGUUCAUCUGUCCCCCUGAGACAAGCCCUGGACUGGGGCAGAGUGAUGACGAGCCUCCCCUGCCAUUCAGGUAUGAUGGCUUUCCAGUGUUGACCUCAGAGCUCUUUGACUCUGUGGAAGGGUGCACCUCUCGCUAUCAACCUACCAAACAACAGAGCUGUCCGUCAAGCCCCGCCUCUCAGUUCAGACGCACGAAACAGGAGCUAAAGUCUUGUCAGCGACUGGCUCAGCAGGAGUCGGAGGUUCCUGAGCUCUGGUCCAAAUGCCUGGUGCGUCUGUGUUACGGCCUGUGGUUCAGCUGUUCCCCUGCAUACACAAAAAGCUGCCCCUCCAAAGUCCGGGCGCUUCGAUCGGCCUAUGACCUGCUCCGAACUAUGACCAACAAGAACUUGCAGCCCCCCGAUGAGGUGUGCUACCGCGUCCUGAUGCAGCUCUGCGGUCUGUACGGUCAGCCUGCGCUCGCUGUCAGAGUUCUGUUUGAGAUGAAGAAAGCUGGAGUCUUGCCCAACGCCAUUACGUACGGCUACUACAACAAGGCAGUUUUGGAGAGUACGUGGCCCUCGUCCUCUCGUGGAGGAUACUUCCUGUGGAUGAAGCUGCGAAACGUUCUGAUGGGAGUGACUCAGUUCAAGCGAGCUCUGAGAGAUCAAGCCCACAACCUCAGUCCCAUCUCAGAUGGCAGCAGUGACACAGACAGCCACAGCAGUUUGGACAGUUCACCCGAAAUCAGCCAAUCCAGCCCAGUGCGUCUGGAUUUCACCUGCUCUCCUCUGCUCCAUUCACUCCCAGGAGAGCAGUCGGAUCUGGGCUACAACUCUCUGUCCAAAGAAGAGGUCCGCAGAGGAGCAGACUGCAGCUCACUGUCCGAGUCAGAGAGCAAGGAAACUAUUCACACGGAAACUCGUUCAUUUAGGAAAACUGGAAUCGUCCGCAACAGCGCUUCCUUUCUGCAGUCUACCACUACAUCCAUCAAUACUGAUCACUUGGCCGGUCUAUGCUUUAGCACGUCUUUGGAUGAUUUCUGUGAAGUGGAGCAGGAACAGUGGUGCGUGAGUAGAGACAGAUCCAACAGCAGGUCCACAGUCCUGGGUUUGGGUCUGAACCGAGCGGAGACAGACCCUCGCAAGAUCACAUCCAACAUGGCCGCCGAUGCCAAGAUCCUCCGACUCGGAAACUGUGAGGAAACACUCUGA